AAACAGCGCCUUCGAUGUGAACCAUGUCGUCCUACCAGACGACCUAUGACGAGCCGCUCGGAAUCGUCCCACACCAAGUGUACGUGUACGCCUCCCAGAUCUACCAUAGGCUGUACCACAAGCGCCCUUCAGACCAAGAGUCUCUCCGAUAUGGCAACCCCAAGGGCUCCUUGGAGAUUAACCAUGUUGAAGACGAAGACACGAGAAGACAGACGUUUAAGCUGGCGUACGCCGCGCUGAAGUACCAGGACCUGCUGGAGGAUGUGAUUAUCGAGUCGGGUUUCCAGUCCAGCAACCCGCUGCCGCAGGAGUCCAUGUGCCUCACGGUCGUGGCGUUCUACGUUCUCAUGAAUCAGAAGUUCUACCUGCCGAGGCGGCAUCGCAGGGGGCCAGUCAUAGACGAGGUGCAAGAAGUCCAAGACGCCCUGCAGUCGGCCAAGACGGGUCUGAACGCCACCCUGGCCCGGUUACGGAUUCGGGACCGGAUCCUGACAAUAGACUCUCUACUACCAGAGAACAUCAGGAACAGGGACAAGUACGCUCGAACGGAAGUGGUGGCGGGACUGGAAGAGGACGGUUUCAAGGCGCCCGAUCCUGACGAUGAGGAGUUCACAGGAAGGGUGUACAAGAAACUGCUGCACUUCUCUGACACUCUUAUCUUCCCAGGGGAGAACAAAGAGAGGUUGCGAGACCACCCCCUCGUUCAGAACGGAAGCCUGAUUCUCCAGGACCGGUCCGUCGCCAUGCCUGCCUACACCAUCAAGUCUCUCCUCAGUCUCAGCUAUCUAAUGAUCUAUCUUUCCUAUCUUCCCCAGGACCGGUCCGUCGAUAUGCCUGCCUACACCAUCAAGUCUCUCCUCAGUCUCAGCUAUCUAAUGAUCUAUCUUUCCUAUCUUCCCCAGGUUGCGAGACCACCCCCUCGUUCAGAACGGGAGCCUGAUACUCCAGGACCGGUCCGUCGCCAUGCCUGCCUACACCAUCAAGUCUCUACUCAGCCUCAGCUAUCUAAUGAUAUAUCUUCUGUUAUCUUCCCCAGAUUGCGAGACCACCCCCUAGUUCAGAACGGUAGCCUGAUUCUCCAGGACCGGUCCGUCGCCAUGCCUGCCUACACCAUCAAGUCUCUACUCAGCCUCAGCUCAGGAUGUGACGUCAUCUGCACGCAUGCGGGGUCGGGCCACCUCGCCGCGCAUGUCUGGGCGCUACUGGACCGGGAGGAGUUUCAGGUGUUUGCCAUGGGCGCCCGGACUCCUGAGCAGGCCGGCAGCCUGAGGAGCACGGUGUCCCAGCUCGGCAUGCAGCACGUCAAGGUCCUGCAGGAGAACUUCAGCGACAUGCGGCCGGACGACCCGCGCAUGCAGAACCUACAGGAAGAGAACGAAGAAGCCUUAGCGAAGGCGCAGGAACAGAUGAACCCGGUGAUCAACAGAACGCCCGGGCUUCUCCCGUUUAAAGUCCGUCCCUCCCCGCUUCCCAUCGCCAAGACGAGUCAGGACCCGACGUACGUCAAGUUCCCGAUGUCGUCGGAAAUGAACGGCUGUUUCGUCGGGAUUCUGGAGAGGAAGGGCGACACGAGAGAGCUGCUGGCCAGGGCACAAAAGUUCGACUUGGGUAUAUAA